UCUUCUUCGCCCCGACCAUCAACAACUUACGCCAUCACUUUGACGCUUCUUCGCUUUCAUCUCCAAAUCAGACGCACAGAUACCUCUAUUAUUUCUCGAUGACGUCUUUCCGGAAGAUAUUUAUCCCUGAUGGUUUCGAAGAGUACGUUGAUGGCGCCCCACAUGGGCUGGAUGUUCUCUAUGUGUUUGGUUUGGUGGCAGCUUUUCCUCUCCCGACCCCCGCACAAAAGCUCAGUUCAGCUAUGAUAAAGUAUUGGAGCAACUUUGCUAAAACCGGUGACCCCAAUGAUAGCGACCUUCUGACCUGGCCACAAUGGGACCCCACUAAUGAACAGUACAUCGCCUUGGAUAAGAAAAUCUCCACCGGUCAGCAUCUGCUCACUGGCAGAAUAAACUUCUGGCUCGACUACAUCCACAAGCUCAUCCAACCAGUUGAUCCACAUGUCUGUCCACUAAAUGUGCCAGUCCGUAGUGUGGAAAGCCAUCAAGCUUCCACUAAGAUAACUCAAAUACAAACAGACAAAGGUGUGGUUCUCGGGAGAGUUCUUGGCUCCCUGAAGAAGGCAGACCCUGCAAUGGGCGGGCAGGAGGUAGCAGAGUAUCUUGGUGUUCCUUAUGCAGAACCACCUCUAGGAAGGUUACGGUUCCGACCUGCUGGAGAGGGGCUACCCUGGGAAGGUCUUCUGAACGGGACCGUUCGACCUCCAGCUUGUCCUCAGACCCUUGGGAGCGAACCGUGGAUGGUAGACUCAGGGUUUGUAGAAAUGAGUGAAGACUGUUUAACUCUGAAUGUAUACUCUCCAACAACGUCCCCAAGGGAUCAGCACCUUCCUGUUGUAGUCUACGUUCACCAUGGUCUGGGGAUAUACGGAACUGCCUCAGUAUACGAAGCAACUACGCUGUCAUCAAAGUCCAAUACUGUUAUUGUUGUUAUCAACUAUAGACUUGGAGCCUUGGGAUUCCUGAGUACUGAGGACGAACAGGCACCUGGUAAUGCUGGGCUGCAUGAUAUACUGGUAGCUCUAGGAUGGGUGCAGAAGUAUAUCGGGAGCUUUGGUGGGGAUGUCAAUCGUGUUACUCUUGCUGGAUAUGGUUCUGGGGCCUCCCUUGUCCAUGCACUUAUGGCAUCCAGGAAGUCUAACGGGUUGCUUCAUCAAUGUAUACUUAUGGGUGGUUCAGUCUUCGAUCCAAUGAUGUCGAAUACAGUUCAGAUGGGUCCAGCUGAACAGGCAGCUACUUUAGCUACGAAGCUCGGUUGUCCAACCAACACCCAUGCGGCUAUGAUACAAUGCCUGCAACAGCAACCAGUUGCCGACCUGGUCACCAACAAACCUCUACUACCUUUGACCACAGCCUUCCGCCCUGUGGUGGACGGAGACAUUUUAAGUGAUGCUCCUAUAAAGUUGAUCCGUGCAGGUCAAAUAACCAGCGGGGUUGAUUGCAUCAUAGGAAGCAACGAGCAUUGGAUGGACUACCAGGUUGCCGAGCUUCUACCAAGUGAUUUGCAGAGUUGCCCAAGCAAACUUGAACUCACAACGUUGGUAAACAACACCAUCAAAAUGUUUUUCCAUCACAACUCAGACCUCGUCUCACAGGCCGUUCUAAAUGAAUACGUAGAUGAGUAUGUGAGCAGCGGCAGUUUCUGCCCUCAGCGUCAACAACUGAGAUGGUUCAUGCAAGACUUUCUAUCGACUGUGCCCAUCAUGGAAGCCGCACAAUACCACUCUAUGGCAAACAAUGCAGUCUACUUGUACUCAUUUAACCACAACCCCAAAUAUCAUUAUAGCUCUCUUCCAACUUGGACUGGUACAUCUUUGGGGGAUGAUCUCCAGUAUCUGUUCGGGUUUCCGUACUGGCCUGCUGCAGUCUCUUACCCACUCACGAGUGUCCCCUCCUAUAGACUGACCGAUAAAAAGACCACACUGGAAUGGACUAGUCUUCUUUCAUCCUUCAUCCACAAUGGGUAAGUGUCUAAACUAAAGUUGAAAAGAAAAUUUGAAAUCAAAAUGGUCUCCAUUAAAUCUGCACUUCAUAUGUUGGCAAAUAGUUAUGAUUGCAAAUAGUUUUUUCCAAGCUUCCAGUUUUCAAAAGAAUUGCUCAGGCAGUCGAAAAACAAGCAACGCCUCAAAUCCCACAUUUAAAGGAUACGACUUGUAAUUUUGUAGAUUUUGUGUUAUCUUUGUAAAUGUCAGAGCUUUUGUAAAUAUGAGUG